AUGUCAGGCUGGAACUUCCUCAAUAAAGCAGAAACAUUUCUCGACCGCGUCCUAGAUGAUCAAAAGGAAAACAAAGAGGGCGGUCCAGCUGCUGUGCAGUCGCCUGGUAACACAAUCCAUGUGAUAGCACCGGCAAGUCCUGCUGCAGGGAAAGGGGAGAGCGCAGGUGGCAGGUUAUCCCUACAAGAGAGACUUGCGCGCGCUGCUGCUUCUUCAAAGACAGGAUCGCCUGUUCCUAUUGCAACGCCUGUUGCUCAACAACCUGCACUUGUUGCUGCGGCAGAAAUUGUUGUACCUGCGAAGCAAGAGGAGGUUGCAUUGACGGAGAACCAGCAGUCUCCCAUCUUCCCUACAAAUCGACCAGACACCGUCGAUGCCGCACCGCAGACAGCAGCGAUGCACGCAGAACCCCGAACAUCUCUUCAAUCAACAAGAGAUGCUCCUCUGUCUGUACGUGCGUCUCUCGAGUCUACACGACCCUCGACAGACCUUGGCACAUCAUCGUUGUCCAUGGCAGAGCUACAAGCGAAUGAAGCGCGGCGUGUUCAAGAAGUCACGCAAGCAGCUGAACGUAUUUCUGCACUUGAAGCAAAAUUACGCUACUAUACAGCUGAAGAACUCCAAACGUCACGAUCGGUGCUGAGUGCAGGGGAUACCUCGGCGAUGCAACGAAAACUCGCAGAGCGAGAAGAAAAGAUUGCCUUGCUCGUGCAGGAAGGCGAUCUCUUGGCGAAACGAGAGGGACAACAUCAAGAAACCAUUCGCAAGCUCCGUGCACGCAUGCAGGAACUUGAGAAGCUCAUUGCCGUUUCCUUGAAGGCAGUGGAAAAGGCGGAAGGCGAUGUUGCCAAGUGGAAGCAAGAACACAAAACCAUUGGUGAAGUCUCGAAGCGCCAAGCCGACAAGAUUCGUCAGUUGUCUGCCUUGGAGACUGAAGCGGAUGCCUUGCGGAAGCUGAAAACCGCACACGUCUCGCAGAUUGGUGAACUGAAACGACAACUGGCAGAUGAACAUGCAUUGAAUGUCGCAAAUGCGAGUCUUGCACAACAACUACAAGCGGAAAAGAGCAAGACGGAUGCGUUGCAAAAAAGGGUGGGUGUACUACUCACUGAAGCGAAAGAACAAGCCGACGAACAAGACGCAGAGCUCGCUGCACUCCAAGCGAAAUACGACCGUCUUGACGAACGUAUUAAGCAAGUAGAAUCGGAGCGCAAGUCGGAAGUCUUUCGUCUCGAGAGCCAAGUUGAGUCACUGCUUGCACAAGUCGAAGAAUCUAGUGCCGGUGUCGCUGAGCAUGCGCAGACAAAAUUGCUCCGGCAGAUGGAGAAUCUACAAACGCAACACAGUAUCGCCGUGCAGAAUUGGUCGCGCAUUGAAGAGAGCUUACUUGCCCGUGUGGCUGCUGCUGAAGGCGAACGCGAUCGCCUCGAAGAAGCGGAAGCGGCACUGAAGACUCGACUGAGGGAGCAAGCGUCGCGCAUGAAGCAGAUUGAGGAAGACGCAAGCACCGUUCAAGGCCAGCUCAAGCGUGCCGGUGCAGCACAGGAAGAGUGGAAGGAGCGCACGAUGCAGCUGCAAGCCAAAUUAGACGACGUUGUGCAGACACUAGAAACGGAGCGUUCGAGGUCGCGCAAGGCACAGGUGGAUGUCGAGGCACAGAUUGAGACGCGUGUACAGGAGCGUCUUGAAUCAGAACGCAGCGCGUACGAGUCAAGUAUGGCAGCCUACCUCCCACCACAAUCCAACGGACAACGUUCGCCAGAACUCACUAUGCGUGGCUUUACAGAAUCGCCCGGCAGUCUACAAUUACGGACGGCUACGCGUCCUGGGUUGGGAUCAGCGCGGCGGUCGUCGUCACAAGUGCUCACGCCAGUACCGAAAAGGCGCAUGUCACAGAACCAGUUGGGCGAUAUGGAUGGUAUGCGGUCGCCACCUAGCCAGCAGGAUGAGCAUGGGCCCCUGCACAGCGAGUCCACUACAACACUUCUCACGCUUUCUGAAGCACCGGCCUCCCGUGCAUUGAGUAUCGCAACAAGCACGGCGGGACCUGGUCUCGGCAUGAUGGAGCGUAUCUCUGCUAAUGCGCGCAAACUGGAAAUGGACUUGAGUAUGUGUCGUGAGGAUCUCGCACGAAUGACGCAGCAGCGGGAUGAAGCGCGUCAGGCAUGUGUCGACUUGGAUGCAGCAGCAACGGAAAGAGGAGCACUCCAAGAGGCGCUGCAGCGUGUGGGAACCGAGCAUGCUGCACUCACAACCAAGUUUGAAGCGACGCUCGAGCUGCUUGGUGAGCAGACGGAGGAGAAUGAGCAGCUACGAGAGGAUAUUGCGGAUAUGAAACAGGCGUAUCGCGAUACUUUGGAGAAGCAAUUCGGCCAGUAG